AUGGCUACGUCUUCUUCUUCAUCUGUUUCUUCGACAAAUCUUCAAGCAAAGCACGGUGUUUUCCUCAAUUUCAGAGGCGACGACACUCGCCACGGUUUCACCAGUCAUCUCCACGAAGCUCUGAGACAGAAAAAGAUUAUAACUUUCAUUGAUGAUAAACUCAAGCUAGGAGAUGAAAUCUCACCCUCUCUUCUGAAUGAGAUCGAAGGAUCGAAGAUUGCGAUUACCAUUUUCUCAAAAGACUAUGCGUCUUCGCGAUGGUGUCUUGAAGAACUUGUGAAGAUCAUUGAAUGCAAAAACAUUCAUGGACAGAUCGUGAUACCCGUUUUCUAUCAUGUUUAUCCGUCCGAGGUAAGGAAUCAAACCGGGAGUUUCGGAGAUGGAUUUGCUAAGCUAAAAGAACGAUUUAAGGAACAACCGGAGAUGGUGCAGAGAUGGAAGACUGCUCUGAGUCAAGCAGCCAAUAUAUCUGGCUGUUCUUUGAAUGACAAUAUGCCUGAAGCUGAAAUUGUGAAGAAGAUUGUGGAUAAUAUAUUGAGGAGUUUGAGGAAUAUUAUUUCUCCCAGUACUAACAAGAACUUGGUUGGAGUAGAAUCAGCCAUGGAAGAAUUGAUUAAGUUGUUAUUGAACAAAGAUGUUUGCAGUUUGGGAAUCUGGGGCAUUGGCGGAAUAGGCAAAACAACUAUUGCUCGUGCUAUAUUCAACAAAAUCUCAAAUGAAUUUGAAGGAUCCUACUUCACUGAAAAUGUUAGAGAAGAAUCAAGAAAUCCAAAUGGGCUCGUUCACUUGCGAGAAAAACGUUUUUCUUCUAUACUAGGAGAUCAAAAUCCCAACAUGGGAAGGCUUGGUGCAAUGAAGACUUUGAUUGUUUUGGAUGAUGUCACAGAUUUUCAGCAGAUAGAAGAUUUGAUUGAAGAUUAUGAAAGUUUGGGUUCAGGAAGCCGGGUAAUUAUAACAACAAGAGAUAAACAAGUGCUUGAGAAUUGCAACGUAGAUAAGAUCUAUGAAAGCAUAACCGAUUGGGAAAGCGCAAUAAGUAAACUAGAAGAAACUCCUCCUCCGAAGGUUUACGAUUUGUUAAAAGUAAGCUUUGAUGGAUUGGAUGAAGAGGAGCAAGAUAUAUUUUUAGAUAUUGCAUGUUUUUUCAAGUGGACGGACAAAGAUAUGGUGAUGAAAGUCUUGAAGGCAAGUGACUUGAAGGUAGAGUAUGAAAUAAGUGUUCUUAUUGAUAAGUCUCUCAUAACUAUUUCAUCAGACAAUACGAUAACUAUGCAUGAUUUGCUUCAAAAAAUGGGAAGGAAAAUUGUUCGGGAAGAAAAGGAUAUUGGCAAACGAAGUCGAUUGUGUCAUCAUAAGGAUCUUUAUGACGUCUUGACAAAAAAUACGGGAACUGAAAUUGUUCGAGGCAUAUGCAUGGACAUGUUUCAAAUAGGAGAAAUACACUUAAAUCCUCUCACUUUCUCAAAUCUGCAUAGCUUGAAAUUCUUGAAGGUCUAUGUAGCUGUUAAUGACAAGGUGCAUGAAUUUCAAGAAUUGGAAUUCGAUUUCCUUGAGCUAAGAUACAUUUGUUGGCAUAAUUAUCGGUGGAAAUCUUUACCACGUAAUUUUAAUCCGAAGAACCUCGUUGCUCUUGAGAUGCGCUAUUCUAAUCUUAAAGAACUUUGGAGUAGGGUCCAACCUCUAAUAAAUUUAAAGUACAUUGACCUGAGUUACUCAAAGCAUCUGCGUAAGAUUGCUGAACUCUCACAGGCUUCAAAUCUUGAAAGUUUGAUUCUGGAAGGCUGUACAAGUUUGAUUGAGAUCAUUUUCCCCUCUAGUAGGAGGCUCAAUAACCUUGUUACUCUGAAUCUAAGAAAUUGCAAAAGCCUCCAGAGUCUUCCACCGGGUAUUCUUCAAUCAAAUUCUCUAAGAUUUGUUAAUCUUUCAGGUUGCUCAAAUCUCAGAAUAGCCCCAAGGAUCUCAUGUAACAUAGAGCAACUAUGUCUGGAUGGAACUGCAAUAAAGAAAUUUUCCUCUACGGUUGAAGGUCCUUCUAGAUUAGUUCAAUUCACUCUUCAAAACUGUUCAAGGCUGGAGAGCCUCCCAACAAAUUUUCAUAAGUUUGAAUCCCUCAAACAUCUUUCUCUAUCUUCUUGCACAAAUCUUGAGGCCAUUCCAGAGAUCCCACAUAAGAUAGAGGAGAUAUAUAUUGAUAGAAUUGCAAUACGAGAAUUGCCCUUGUCAAUUGAGUCUCUAUCUAAUCUACAUACAUUGAGCCUCAAGAACUGUUCAAGGAUUGAGAGUCUUCCAGAUGGCAUCCUUAAGCUGAAAUCUCUCAAGUAUCUGUCUCUCUCCGGUUGCUCAAACAUCAAGACAAUUCCAAAGAUCUCAUGUAAGAUGGAGCAAUUAUAUUUAGAUGAAACUGCAAUUAAAGAAUUGCCCUCCCUAAUCGAGUGUCAAUCCAGUCUGGUCACUUUGAGUUUGAAAAAUUGUUCAAAUCUUGAGAAUCUUCCGGGCGAAUUCUGUAACCUGAAAUCUCUCAGGCAUCUCUAUAUCUCUGGGUGUUGGAAACUCGACAGACUGCCUGAGGACAUUGGGAAUCUGCAAAGUUUGGAGGUGUUUGAAGCUGAUGGAAUUGCUGCAACAGAAUUACCAUCGUCCAUGGAAAGUUUGAGCAACAUUCGUGAAUUAUCUUUCGAGAGAUGUAAAGGGCAAGAUCUGGUGCGUUCUCUUCCUCGUGUGUUAUCAGGUUUGUCGUUUUUGAAGAAACUAAACCUGAAUGAGUGCAAUAUGACAGAAUUACCCAACAGUCUUGGCGAUUUAUCCUCCCUGAAGGAUUUAAAUCUUUCUGGAAACAAUUUUAACAGCAUUCCAACAACAAUCAUCAACCUUUCAAAGCUGUCGUCGCUUAACUUGAGCCACUGCAACAUGCUUCAACCCUUGCCAAACCUUCCUGGUAACAUACAACUUUUGGUAGCAGAUAGCUGCAAAUCUCUCCAAGCAUUAUCCGACUUGCCGAUUCCAAGCCAAGGCUAUUUCAACGGAAAUCUCAGCUUCGUAAAUUGCUUCAAUCUCGACUGGAGAAUGCUCACAAACAUUCUGGAUUACGCUCUGUCAAAUAUGUAUGAGAAAACCUCUUACACCCGCAAGAGGCCUACCAGUUACAUGUGUUUCCGAGGAAGCGAAAUUCCAGACUGGUUUAACGUUCAAAGUACUGCGUCAUUUCUAGAGCUCCCAGAAGGCUCGUUGAGUCAUAAUUUCAUUGGCUUCACCUUCUGCACAGUGUUAUCAUUCCAGGACUAUAAAGCUGGUACGUUGGUUGUUGAGUGCGAGAUGCUUCUGAAAAGCAAAGAUGGCUUGAAGAAAAUGGGAUGCGGCAGCUUUUUAGCCUGGACGAAAGAGUAUGCGCCGUCCAAUGUGGAGUUUGAUCAUGUGUUCCUCGGAUAUGAUGUUCAGGUGGAUGAUAAAUCAGAAUGGGACGAAUUCUCUGAGGCCAUUAUCAAGUUUCGUGUUACGGAUUAUCAUCGGAGCCCUUUGGAUGAUUGCGUGGUGAAGAAGUGUGGCGUCCGUUUAUUGUUGAGCCAGGAGGAAUCAGUGAAUGAAUCCAGCUUGUGCUUGCUCUCCGAUGAAGAAGAUAAAGAAGACGAGCCACAGUCCAAGUGA